AUGGACUUACAUGUUUUAUAUAUUUCAGGUUGUACAUCAGCAGUGGAUCUACCAACUCUAGGAAGUAAUAGUGUUUGUCACUUAUAUGACACCUGUACUGGUAUAUCAUGUUGUCUACAUUCUACCACUGUUGAUAGAAACUUCAAUGUCUUCCUCAAACUGGAUCCCUGUACACAGAAACUUGACAUUGGUAUAGAAAAGUACCAGUUUGACUUUUCACUCUACACCUUCACAUUUGAGACUACACAGUAUUUCCAUAUUGACAGAGUAAUUGAAAUUGAGUACAAAAUAACAGAUUUGGUUGGUGAAAUGGUCUAUCUUGUGGAUAUGAAAGUCAAGAUUUGUUUCAAUGACCCUACACCAUGUGACUUGCAAGAAACUAUAGUUCUGAAUACCAAAUUACAAAAGAUGGUGUGUCCAUGGUUUAGAGGAUAUCCAAAUCCAAAUUGGUCCCUUAAUCAGUGGUAUUUGGACAAUUCUUAUACACCAGGAUCUAACUUGGAUUCCUCUACAGCUUCAUCUCUGAUGGAAGCAACAGAGAUAGGAGAAUAUUUACUUAGUCCUAUGAUAUCCAGAGAUGACCCCUUUGGAACUUAUGCUGCGGCCUAUCUUGGUUGGAGUUCAGAGUGUACUGAGGCCCCUGUAACUCUCCUUCAAAUGGACCAGUCUGUAAUAUCCUGUAAUCUAGAGAGCACCUGUCGUGGAUUGAGUUGUGCAUUAGACGUACCAUUCAUCAGUAAAACAUUUGAAUUCUAUAUGAGACUAGAGCAGUGUGACUACAUGUUGAAAGUUGGAAUCGAACGUCAACAAUAUGAGAGAACACUUAAAGGAUAUGAAUGGGGAGAAUGGACACAUGUUGACCUAAAUGGAGUUUUGAAAAUGAGUUUUGUUCUCCAUGACUUGUAUGCUGAGCCUGCAUUCCUGAUUUCUAUGAAGCUGAGUUUGUGUUGGGAAGCUAACCAGCCAUGUGGAACUGUAUACAAUAUCUUUGAUAAAGUCAGACUUCCAAAGAAAGUGUGUGACUGGGACAAAAAGUUCUUACAAAAUGGAAAAUAA